AUGCCGUUAGCUCAUACCGCUAGCGGUUUCAGUGUGGAGCCGCAUCGUCAUCACCGUCGUCAGCAACAUCACCAUCACCUUUACCCAUCUUCUUCAUCAGUGCCAAAUUCACCACCCUGUGGCGGUAGCUCAUUUCAAUUUAGUGCCCGAAAUCCAUCGUCACCAUCGUUAUUCUCAUAUCAGCAACAGCAAAUCCUGCAACAACAGCCAUUCCAACCAACAACAGCUUAUUCAAGCAUAUCGGAUGCUUUACUGCUGGCAUUACGCCAAAGGCCGACAUUGCGACUUUUUCGUGCACUGUUCCAGUACAUUCCUAUACGCGAUUCACCGAAUGAGAAUCCACAGCUUGAAUUACCAAUUCAGAUGGAAGCAUUCUAA